AUGAUUAACCCACCCUCAGGUUCAUACGGUGGUGGUUCUCGUCGAGCACGUUAUUCACGUUCACCGCCUGAUAGUAUGCCACCAUCGAAACGUUCUAAACCUUCGAAUCCAAACGAUACCUACGAUCGUAACCAUAGUAUUGGAUCAGAUCAAUUACGUGCUUACACAUCAAUUUGUGUAAAAAAUAUCAAUCCAAAAAUAUCAGAUUCAGUAAUUCGAGAGUUUUGCGAAAAAAAAUUUUCUAAAUAUGGUUCAAAUUCCGUUAAAAUUUAUCAUCGUAAGCAAGAACGCGUAGCAUUUAUUAAUUUUACGAAUUGUGGUGAUGCACGAAAGGCACGGCAUGCUAAAACAGGUCUCGUCUGGGAGAACAUGAGAGUUCUUGUAGAACCGGUUUAUUAUCGUAAAACUCUUCCAGCUGAACAACCUAUCAAACCCGAUAAUUCACGUGAACGUCCAUCAACACAUCGGAGACGUCGUCCAACACCACCAAGUCCUUCACCACCAGCUCGUUCUCAUAAUCAUUCAUCUUCAAGACAUCAACGUACAAAAUCCCCCAUAGUUUCUUCUCGUUCAUCGCGUCCACCACGCCGAAAUUAUUCACCGUACAUUCCACUUCCACCUGAUUUAAUGAACUAUGCUAAGACGAAACCUAGUCGACAACGAAAACAUUCAUCAUUAUCACCCGCCCGUCGUUCUCAUCAUAAAGACGCAUCCAAACAACAACGUAGUCGAUCUCCAAAUAGUCAACGGUCAGGAUCGCCAUCACCGCCUACACAUCGAACAAAUCUAGAUAAUGAAUCCACUAUUCAAGGUGAACCAACACGUACUCUAUGCAUUGAAAAUCUUGAUCGAAGUGUAACAGAUUCGAAAUUAGAAGAAAUAUUUGGUCGUUAUGGAACGAUUAAAAAUAUUGACCUACGAAAAUCAUCGUCAUCGUCAAAACAAACUUACGCUUUUAUUCAAUAUGAAAAUGUAGACAUGGCCUUUGAAGCACGUCGAGCUAUGAAUGGUCAUUCGGUUGGAAAAGCCGAUUGUAAAAUUGGCUAUGGCAAAAUUGCACCAAGUAAAUACCUUUGGGUUGGAAAUAUACCCGUAGAAAUAAAACGACGUGACCUUGAACAUGCAUUUUCACGUCAUGGACAAAUAAAAUCACUUGAUUAUUCAACAGGCGAUCCAACAGCUGUUAUUACCUAUUGUGAUAUUGAAGACGCAAUUAAAGCACGUGCGAAACUUAGUGGUACAAUUAAAAUUAUCGAUGGUCGACCCGUACUCAGUGAAACUGAUACAUCGCCAUCAUCGCGUCGUGGUUUUCGUAUUGAUUAUCUCGAUCGUCCAACAUCUCGGCGUUUUGUUAUUGUUCGACCACAAAAGAAACCAUCGAAUAAACGUGAAUCCCGUUCUUCAUCUCGUAAUAGAUCACCAGCAUCAUCAACACGUGAUCGUGCACGUUCUUCAUCCAAUGAUAAGAAUAGCCGUGAGGAUAAUAACGAUCAACACAAAACUGUAGAUAAUUUAGUAGAAAAUGUUAAAGCCGAAACAAAAUCACCUCCACCGACUCCAUCACCACCACCACCACCAUCACUACCGUCACCGCCACCAACAAUACCAACUAUAAUAAAACAACGACGUUCAACAGAUCGUAGUGACUCUCCACCAUUGAUCAGUCAAGCUCCUAUAGCGGGCCGAACAUUUCAUGGUUUAUUAGGUUCCUACUUAUCACCAAAUGAUACAGCAAAUGUAAAUAAUCUAAAUGAAUUGAUGAUUCUUUGCGAACAACUGAACGCAUCAGCAACUAAAAGCAACACAGCACUAUCCACUGUUUAUCCUGUUCAAUUUAUAUUGAAAUCUCAUGCUUAUGAUGCACGUUUGCAUUUUCUUGCUGGUAGUCCAACAUUGGCCAGUAUUUUACUAGGCCAACCGGGUGAUCUGAUAGCAGCGAAAACUGAAUUGAAAAUCACACAACGACUUCGUCUAACGCAACAGAAACUUGACGAAUUAGACCGAGCAAUUCGUAAUAGUGUUACACAUGCGUUAACUAUAACAGGAAAUAAUGUACAUGCCAAUACGAAUAGUCAUUCAUCAUCCAAUGGUUUGACAUUAGGUGGUAGUCGAAAACAAUUAACUGUGGCUAAUCAAACAAAAUUUUCUAUACUUAUUGCAUCACCUAAAAUACAUCAAUCCGAUGAAUCAUCGAAUAAAAUUGAGCAAAAACUACCAAGUGCAACAAUCAAAAGUGAAAUAGCGUCACCAUCGCAUGCGGAUGGACUUGAAAAGUCUAUUCAAGUUAAAAAGGAAAAAAUUGAUAAUAAUGAUGAUGAUAAUAAUAGUGAUAAUGAAGAUGGUACAUUACUUUCGCGUUUGAUUGUUUAUCUACUCGAGAAAGAUGCAGCUGGUGUUAUAUCCAUACCAUUUCAUCCAACCUAUCAAAAUGAUCAUUCAUCUCGACAAGAAACAGCUGUUAUACAUAUAUGUCCACCAUGUCCGUUAAGUACAAAAAUUUUAAAAAUAAUCUGCCCUUCGAUUCAUUUUUCAAAUGAUGUUAAUACAUCUCCAUCACGGUCAUUACCAACGACUAAUGAUGAACAUAUAAUGGUUAUCAUUGUUCACAAUGAUAUGGCAACGAGCAUACCAUCGAUGACGGACGACGAGAUAUUAACUGAUUUGGAAACUUUCAAUGAUUCUAUGGUGCAUUUGAAAGAAGCAAUUGAGGGCAGAGAUUUAGAACGUAUGCCAACAGUUUUAAAUCAACUUCUUACAAUUCUAAAACAUAUUAUUGAAACAUAUCAAUUAAAUGAUUCAAUUGAUGUACUGGAAUAUGCUGCAAAAUUAAUUCAUCUCUUGCAAGAUGUUCAUUCAGCUGAAAAUACAAAUUAUAGCCUUGAGCCGUUUUCACAUGCAAUCGAUCAACUUGCACUUUGUCUAACAGCAAGAAUAUCAAAUCGUUUUAUUGUUCCGUCAUCGUUGAAUGCUGAUGCAAUCGGUUUAAAUUAUAAAGAUGAUCAUAUGAAUUCAAAUCGAGAAGUUGAUGUUCUACUUGAAAUACUUAUGAAACGUACUGAUGGCGUUGAUGUUGCACAUGAACAUGCGAAAUAUUUAUCCAAAUAUAUGUUUUCAUUAAUACACUAUGUACAAGAACGAUCGAUGGAAGAACUUGAACAUGCUGAACGGACAUCAAAGUUAGCCAGUAAUUGUUCAUUAUCAUCGUUUUUAACAACCUAUCGGUUUCUACCUGGUAUUGAUUUGAUGAUGAACACAUUGAAAAAAGAUUCAGCACAUAAUUCAAAAAUCCAAUCGACAUGGAUGAUUUUACAGACACAUGAAUUCGUUGGAAAACUUGAUUCUUGGCGAACAUAUCACGAUAAUAUACGAAAAACAGUCAAAAUUCAAUGGGAUAAAUGCUUGAAAAAAUUUCAACAAUCAUCACAAACAUUGGAAGACGCUCGUUUGAAUUCGAAAUCAGUGACGCAUCUUCCAACAUCGUCAUCAUCAUCAUCAUCAUCAACAACAUCGUCAGAUGCUAAUCCCAAUCCAGCAAAUCUUUCACCAGUACCAACGCACAAUGCUCUUCAACGUACUGCAUCGUCUCCGUCAACGAUUCAAACGACUCCACUGACAAUUGCUCCGUCGUAUUCAGCUAAUGAAAAAAAUAUUCAGUCUCUAUUAAAUGACUUUGAUUUAAAACGAAAAGAACUUCAAUUAACUAAACAUGAAACAUUAGUCAUACUCAAUAAACUUAUACAUAAUACAGAAAGUUUAAUUAUCGAUUCAUUGAAUACCUAUUUUCGUUUAACUGAUUAUCUAGCAAAUGCAUCCUCGAAUUAUGUACCAAGAUCAAAAAAUGAUCUAAUAUCAUCCUAUAGCACUUAUAUUCAUUCGCUGCCGCCUUGUGCCGUUCAAGAUAGUCCUUCAUCGUCCGCGAAUGAUAAAUCAGUACGACAAAUACCUAUCGUGAUUGAACUUUGUUGUCAAUGUAUUGAACGACUUGACGGACACAAAUUAAAAGGCAUUUAUCGUUUAUCAGGUGUUAAAUCAAAAGUGGAUCAACUGUGUCGACAAUUUGUACAAGGUGGCGAAUUAAAUGAAAAUGAUUUAAUGAAUAAUUAUUCGCCUAUCGUUUUGGCUAGUGCAAUAAAAAAAUAUUUACGUGAAUUACCUGUUCCAUUAUUAUCAAUUGUUGAAUCAUCACAAUCAUCAACAUUAAUUCAAAAUGAAUUAUUGAAUAUUGGCAAAGAAAUUUAUACGACAGCAAACGAAACAUCAUCACGUACGAACGAGCGCCUACGCGAAAUAAUCGAACAGAGAAUUUCAAAAUAUGCAAGACAAGCUUUAAUUCAUUUAAUUAAACAUUUACAUUUAAUAUCAUUAAGUGAACAAGAAAAUCAAAUGUCUGCUGCUAAUUUAGGAAUUGUUUUUGGACCGACACUUUUUAAAGCUCACCAACGAGCGCAAGAUGAUACAACACUCACAACAUUACUUGAAGCACCCUAUCAAGCAAAAUUAGUCGAAUAUUUAAUUGUCAAUGUACAUGAUCUUUUUAAUUCAGACAACUAG